GGGGCUUCGCACGCCUUUCUCGCCCCUGCGUUUGUCCGCUCCGCUCGGGAGACCGGGAAGAAACGGUCUCUGGCCUGUCAGGAGGACCGUUGGUGCUGCAGUGGAAGCCAGUGGCUAAGUCUCAUGUAUGGCGUGGUUAAGGUUGCAGCCUCUCACCUCUGCCUUCCUCCAUUUUGGGCUGAUAACUUUUGUGCUCUUCCUGAAUGGUCUUCGGGCAGAGACUGGUGGCUCAGGGGAUGUGCCCAGCACAGGGCAGAACAAUGAGUCCUGUCGGGAGUCAUCAGACUGCAAGGAGGGUGUCAUCUUACCAAUCUGGUACCCGGAGAACCCUUCCCUUGGGGAUAAGAUUGCCAGGGUCAUUGUCUAUUUUGUGGCUCUGAUAUACAUGUUCCUUGGGGUAUCCAUCAUCGCUGACCGCUUCAUGGCAUCUAUUGAAGUCAUUACUUCUCAAGAGAAAGAGGUGACUAUCAAAAAGCCCAAUGGAGAGACCAGCACAACAAUGAUUCGGGUAUGGAAUGAAACUGUCUCCAACCUGACCCUUAUGGCUCUGGGUUCCUCUGCUCCUGAGAUCCUCCUCUCUUUAAUUGAGGUGUGUGGUCACGGGUUCAUUGCUGGUGAUCUGGGACCUUCUACCAUCGUGGGCAGUGCAUCCUUCAACAUGUUCAUCAUCAUUGCCAUCUGUGUGUAUGUGGUCCCUGAUGGAGAGACUCGUAAGAUCAAGCACCUGCGAGUGUUCUUUGUCACUGCUGCUUGGAGCAUCUUUGCCUAUAUCUGGCUCUAUAUGAUCCUGGCAGUCUUCUCUCCUGGUGUGGUCCAGGUUUGGGAAGGCCUCCUCACUCUCUUUUUUUUCCCAGUGUGUGUCCUUCUGGCCUGGAUGGCAGAUAAGAGACUGCUCUUCUACAAAUACAUGCACAAAAAGUACCGCACAGAUAAACACCGAGGAAUUAUCAUAGAGACAGCGGGUGGCCACUCCAAGAGCAUUGAGAUGGAUGGGAAAAUGAUGAAUUCCCACUUUCUAGAUGGGAAUCUGGUGCCACCAGAAGGGAAGGAAGUGGAUGAGUCCCGCAGGGAGAUGAUCCGGAUUCUCAAGGAUCUGAAGCAAAAACAUCCAGAGAAGGAGUUAGAUCAGCUGGUAGAGAUGGCCAAUUACUAUGCUCUUUCCCAUCAACAGAAGAGCCGCGCCUUCUACCGGAUUCAAGCCAUCCGUAUGAUGAUUGGUGCAGGCAAUAUCCUGAGGAAACAUGCUGCAGAACAAGCCAAGAAAUCCGUUGCUAUGAGUGAGGUGCACGCCGAUCAGCCUGAGGACUUUGUCUCCAAGGUCUUCUUUGACCCAUGCUCUUACCAGUGCCUGGAGAACUGUGGGGCUAUACUCCUGACAGUGGUGAGGAAAGGGGGGGACACAUCCAAGACCAUGUAUGUGGACUACAAAACAGAGGAUGGUUCUGCCAAUGCAGGGGCUGACUAUGAGUUCACAGAGGGCACCCUGGUUCUGAAGCCAGGAGAGACCCAGAAGGAGUUCUCUGUGGGCAUCAUUGAUGAUGACAUUUUUGAGGAGGACGAAUACUUCUUUGUGAGGUUGAGCAAUGUCCGCAUAGAGAAUGAGCAGCCAGAGGAAGGGAUGGCUCCAACAAUACAGAAUAGUGUUCCCUUGCCUUCCAGGGCUGUCCUGGUGUCCCCUUGUGUGGCCAAAGUUACUAUCUUGGAUGAUGACCAUGCAGGCAUCUUCACUUUUGAAUGUGACACUAUUCGUAUCAGUGAGAGUAUUGGUGUCAUGGAGGUCAAGGUUCUGCGGACAUCUGGUGCCAAGGGCACAGUCAUCGUUCCCUUUAGGACAGUGGAAGGGACAGCCAGGGGUGGUGGUGAGGAUUUUGAAGACAUAUAUGGGGAGUUGGAGUUCAAGAAUAAUGAAACUGUGAAAACCGUAAGGGUUAAAAUAGUAGAUGAGGAGGAAUACGAAAGGCAAGAGAAUUUCUUCAUUGCCCUUGGUGAACCGAAAAGGAUGGAACGUGGAAUAUCAGGUUAUUCACUUGCAGAGUGUCCCAUAGGCCCCUCUGCCCUUCAUGGAGCGCUCCUGUUGUCUCCAGAGGUGUCAGACAGGAAGCUGACUGUGGAGGAAGAGGAAGCCAAGAGGAUAGCAGAAAUGGGAAAGCCAGUAUUGGGUAAACACCCCAAACUAGAGGUCAUCAUUGAAGAGUCCUAUGAGUUCAAGAAAACGGUGGACAAACUGAUCAAGAAGACAAAUAUGGCCUUGGUCGUGGGGACCCAUUCCUGGAGGGACCAGUUCAUGGAGGCCAUCACCGUCAGUGCAGCAGGGGACGAGGACGAGGAUGAGUCCGGCGAGGAGAAGCUGCCGUCCUGCUUUGACUACGUCAUGCACUUCCUGACGGUCUUCUGGAAGGUGCUGUUUGCCUGCGUGCCCCCCACGGAGUACUGCAGUGGCUGGGCCUGCUUCUUCGUCUCCAUCCUCAUCAUCGGUGUGCUCACGGCCAUCAUCGGGGACCUGGCCUCCCACUUUGGCUGCACCAUCGGCCUCAAGGACUCGGUCACAGCUGUUGUUUUCGUGGCGUUUGGCACCUCUGUGCCAGAUACCUUUGCCAGCAAAGCCUCAGCCAUGCACGACAUGUACGCAGAUGCCUCCAUCGGCAACGUCACCGGCAGCAACGCCGUCAACGUCUUCCUGGGCCUUGGCCUGGCCUGGUCCGUGGCCGCCAUCUACUGGGCCAUGCAGGGAGAGGAGUUCCGCGUGUCUGCGGGCACGCUGGCCUUCUUCGUCACCCUCUUCACCAUCUUGGCGUUCAUCUGCAUCAGCGUGCUCCUGUACCGCAGGCGGCCCCACCUGGGCGGGGAGCUGGGCGGCCCCCGGGGCUGCAAGCUGGCCACGACGGGGCUCUUUGUGAGCCUGUGGCUCCUCUACAUACUCUUUGCCACGCUGGAGGCCUACUGUUACAUCAAGGGGUUCUGAGCCACAGACACGGCCUCCAGCAGGGCAGGCCUAGGACUUCUCCUGAGAGAAGGGCACUUCCCCCCAGGGACCUCCCCGGAUGAGCAGCCCUGGAGAGGCGGCUUCAGGACCCGAGCCCCAGGGACUUCACCCGACCUCCACCUGGCGGUGAUCUGAAAGGGCAGAGUCUUCAUCAAUCAGACAGAACGGGGGAAACACCGACACUACCAAGUAUUUAAUUCAGUACAAACCAACAGCAGCAACACAUCCACCUCCACCCAUCUCCCCCCGACCCCCCUGUCCCUGACCAGUAGCCAAGGUCAGAUCCUUUCACCAUCUUCUAUUUCACCUUCUGAUUACUCCUAUGCUUCUACUGUCAUCAGGGCAGGGUUCCUCCUGUCUGUCCAAUUCCAUGCACCAUUGUCCUCACUCACCUGGCGGGCAUGGAAAUAAGUCUCAGCCAUGUGUGGCUGGUUUGGGGCUCUCUCUUCAUUGGAAUCAUUAUGGUGGCUGCUUUCGUUUUCCCGUCAGGUUUUGCUGGUCAUUAGUUCAUUUUGUCUUUUCUUUCUGAUGUUAGUGACAAAGGUGCUGUGGAGGAACCCAAGGGUUGAGCCGAUGGGCAGAGGCGUGAAUUGUCAGACACAGGCUCUCCCACUCUCAGCAGGUGACAGCUGUCUCUCAGCCCCAUCGAGGUCCUGUCCCCCAUCUCCUGUUCGUCUCUGGGUGGAAGUGAUCUUGCACACCCACGCGGGGCACCAAAGAUCCGGGUGGUGGCAGGAGCAGGAGGCGUUUCCUCUGCUGAUGUCACAGUUUAAAAGAAGCAGUCAUCGUUCUCUUCCUUGCCCAGGCCUUUCAAAUUCUGUCUCGUGCUGUCCAUAUCUACAUGUCCUUUCUUCUGCAGGAGGGCCCACCCAACGGGAGAAAAGGGACAAAAAUAGGAGUGGUGUGGGAUGACAGAGGGCAGCUGGGGACACAAAGUGGGUGUUCACCUUGAGUAUCUUUGGCUUUGUAUCUGAGCCAGGAGACUCGGGAUAUCCCACUAGGGAGAUACUUAAGGGGAAAGAUAUUUAAAAUGCCAGUGAUUCUGAGAAAGGUCAGCUUCACCCCCACCCCUCACUGUCCGAGGCACCGUAAUAAGAGGUCUGACUGUAUUUCUUGAGGAAAUGCGAAAACGUAGAGGUUUAUAAGAAGACAAGGGGCCCCUUUCACCUCUCCUGGACCCCGAGGCCACGUUUGAAAGCGUUUUCACAAGAUAGGAACUGGAAUUCCUCGCCACAUUCCUGCUUGGUUUAAAACCUCCCGAAGCUCUCCUUCCAGCCUGUGGGCUACUUCUCAUCCCAGUAGGAGGGAUCUUAGUUGCCAUAAUCCCACGGAGCCCAAGUUUAUAGAAAAAGAGAUUGCCCUGCCCUCUAGAGCUUCUCCCAGCAAACUUUGAAAGGACCUGGCUUUAAAUACACACACACACACACACACACACACACACACACACACACACACGAGAUCACAAAACUGCCCACAGAUCUUCAAGCUUUCUGCAUUGACAUAAAUACAUUUUUAAGGGGGGAAAAUAUUAAAAAACCUGUUUAAUUUUAAACACAUUUUUUUAAGAAAAAGAAAUAACUAAAAAGAAACAGUGCUCAUGUCAUAAGCUAUGUUGCCAGUUGCCAGUGGAAAUGUUGGGUUGGUUUAAAAAAAAAAAAAAGCUAUACUUAUAUCUCUCUGCA